GCAGCAUUAGGCCUGAACGCUGCCCGGCUCUUUCAGACCGCCCAGAACAACGGCUGCGUUUGUGCCGCCCUCUGCUCUCUCGUCGCCCAAACUACUUCUUACCAUGCUGCAACUGCGGCUUUGACCUUCUGGGAUUGCGGCCUGAUUUUUUUAUUUUGAUGUUUUUAAUACUUUUUGCUUAUUUUUGAUUUUCAGGAUUUGUUUUUUAACCUUAAGUUUUGAUCUAACUUUUUUACUGGAUGAGUACUCAAGAUUUUUUUUAAUUUUUUUUUAUUCUCAAUUCUUUUCCUCAAAACCCCAAAUUUUAAUUUUGCCGUUUUUUGAUUUUGGAUUCUUCACUUCUUUACUUUCCGCUCCAGAUGAAAAUGUUGGACCCCCUGGCCGAGGCUCGUCGGGGUGGCAGUCUGAGGCCCUGCGGGGGUCGCCUGCCCUGGACGCUGCGCUGGACGCUGGGCAGCGUGUGCGUGCUGACCCUGCUGAACUCGGCCGGGCUGCUGCUGCUGAUGAUCCAGAGCAGGGAGCUGGGGGAGCGGGUGGCCAUGGCCGAGGCCCGGCUGGAGGAGAUCGCUCAGAGCUCCGUGGUGGAGUUUAUGACAGAGAUGAGCCGAGAUCAGGAGGAGAUCCAGGACGGGCUCUAUCAGUACUCCAGGAACAAGAGGAGCCAGGAGCCGAGGCCGGCGCAGACUCUGGAGCAGCUGGAGCUGGAGGAGAAACUGGCCGAGCAGUCGGGGAUGGGGAUGACUGAGGACACGAGCAAAGAGCUUCAUCAAGAACAGAACAGAGAGCGGAAAAAGCUGCAGGAACCUCCGAGACCAGAUCAGCACCACUCUCAGAACCUCCACAAGACACUGCAGCAAGACGGGAUGAUGAUGAUGAUGACUUACUCCAUGGUGCCGGUAAAAGUGUUGUUGGAUAUCUGUAACAGCACUAAAGGAAUCUGUCUCACAGGACCUCCUGGACCACCAGGUUUGCCAGGUACAGACGGAAUGCCGGGAUAUAACGGAACUGAUGGGAUUCCCGGAGUGCCAGGAGAACCCGGAGCACCAGGCAAAAGAGGGAAAAAAGGUCCUCCUGGAGAAAAAGGUGACCCAGGUGAACCUGGCGUGAAAGGUGAUCCAGGACCACCUGGAGAAAAGGGAGAACCCUCCAAUGAUGUGAUUGUAGAAGGUCCACCUGGUCCAAUGGGACCUCCUGGUCUCCCGGGGCCAGUGGGCUCACCUGGGCUUCCAGGACCACCGGGACCACAGAGGCCUGGGAGGAACAGAAGUCACAGAGCACACCUGCACAACGGCCAAACAUCUGAAAGUCAGUCAUCAUCAGCUUUCCUUCAAACUGUUCCUAACGACGGGCAAGGACCAGGAAACAAAGUCAAAGCUGCCAAAAACGAGUGUGUUAUAAAGUCAGUGCAGAACCCCAGUAAUCUGGCUAAAAUGGCCAGCACAUACGGUGCGUGGAUGAAAGACAGCGGCAUGAAGGAAGACGAGAGGAUCUGGGUGGCGGAACACUUUUCAGGUCGUAUUGUGAAGGAGUAUAAAAGCAUAGCUGCUCUGCAGAACAGCAGCAGUCAGUCUAUUGACGUGGGGAAGUUCUUCCAGGGCUGUGGUCACCUGAUCCACAACGGCUGCAUUUACUACCACAUCGCCGGCACCUUCAACAUCGCCAAAUUUAACCUCCAGACUAAGCGUCUGCACAUGCUGGCCAUAGAGAACGCUCUGUACCACAACCUGUCCUACCUGCUCAACAACUCCAAGACAUACUUCAAAAUGGCGGCGGACGAAAGCGGGCUGUGGCUCAUCUUCGCCUCCAGCAUCACCGAGAACAUCAUGGUGGCUCAGCUGGACGAGAAAACCUUCUCCAUCACAACCUACAUCAACACCAGCUACCCCAGGAGCAAGGCCGGCAACGCCUUCGUGGCCUGCGGCGUUCUGUACGUCACCGACACCAAGGACACCAGAGUGACCUACGCCUUCGACCUGCUGAAGGAGAAACCGGUGAACGUCAGCUUCGACCUGUGGUCUCCCACCAGCGUCCUGGCCAUGCUGUCCUACAGUCCCGCAGACAGACACCUGUACGUGUGGCACGGAGGAUACGUCAAGUCCUACCACGUGCACUUCCUCUCCGACGAACUUGUUGGUUAAAGCGUGGAGCUAAAGAUCUCUACACUAUUACUGUUUUGUUUUUAUUGAUGAAAAGUUUUAUACUAUAUAUGUAUGAUAUAUUUUUAAACCACAGUUCAGUCACUCUGUGGAAUAAUAAUGGAAUUUUUACACAGCAAGGGAGUAAAAAUCAAGAAAAUAAAUUUGACAAACAGAAAAAAAACACGCACAAACUGAAUCAUAAUCAAAAUCAAAGAUUAACUGUUCAUAAUCAAUUCCAACAGUAAAUCCUAAAUUUACUAACUCUGCUGCUUCAAAAAAAUAGAUUUUAUAUAAUUUAUAAUAUUAAAUGUGACUGAAGGGAUGACUAAAUUGCAUAUGCUAGAAUAGGGAUGGGUGAUUCAUUUUCCCAAGGGCCACAGGAAAAAACUAGGUUGGUUGACCAACAGGUUGAUUUCAGCUUGGCUUAAUAUAGAUUUUAUUCUUUAUAAUUAAGCAAUAAUACACGAGAGAGAGGGCUAAUAACAUGUAAUAUUGGCACUGCAGUGCACGAAUCUCGAGUGUAUUACUGUGAUUAUACCACAGUUUAAUUAUAACUGUCUAUUAAAUGAUUUUGCGUUAAAGAGGAGGAGAAAAUGCGAUCUGUUUGGUUAUAAAAACUCCACCAGUUAAAAUAGUUCCAUUGCUGCUCUGUCUGUAGCUGCGCUGUUUGGUUUGUAAGCGCUGCAUCGUUGCUAGGCUACCACUUAUGUGGGCGGAGUAAUACUGUACAUGGAGAGCUUCGGUUACAGUACAUUACCGGCUGAUAACGGCACUCAUAGAAUGCCAUAAAAUCAUAAAAUUAGCCAAUCACAUUGCAGGGUCGGAAAUAACUGUGGUAUAAUCAGUAAAUAUAUGCUUUUGAUGAGUAUGAGUUUGAUGAUAAAAAGAGGAUAGUUCAAAUAUUGGUCAAAAAACAGAACAGGUGAUCGUCAUGGGUUGUAUAUAAAAAUAAUAAAUAAAUAUAAAAUUAUAAAAUAUAAAAAUAUAAAAGUUAUAAAAUAUAUAUAUUUCAACGGUGCGUGGCACAGUUGAAAUCUCUCCCCACAUCACUCCUAGGGUGAUGUCUGCAGCACAGGGCAUCUGUUAGCUGAUGUACCAGAACCGAGUCGCUGCGCUUUCCUCCGAGCGUUAGCGCUGUGAUGCUGCUCGGUAAUGCUGCAUCAGCAGCAGCUCGAAAAAGAAGCGGUGGUAUCAGAGGAAGCAUGUGUUAGUCUUCACCCUCCUGGUGUGUUGGGGUAUUACUAGUGAUAGGGGGAGUCCUAAUGAGUGGGUUGGGUAAUUGGCCUUGUAAAUUGGGGAGAAGUAGAUGCACAGCGUUGUCUCUGUGUCUGUGCGAGUGACAGGCUGCUGCUGCCUGAGAAGCGUGAGGGGCAGGGGAGCGCGAGGGUGGGACAGGAAUAAAUGCGAGAAUGAGAAUGUGUUACGAAAACACAUAUAAAUCUUUCCCAAAUUUGACUGGAUUUAAUUUACAGAUUUAAAUUUACAUUUAUGCGCAAUGAUUUAAGUAGACUCGACCCCACCAUGAACCUAACAAGAUUCAUAUCAGCAGAUAGUAAAACGGAAAGAAAAUUCGAAGCAAAAAAAAUCACUUUAUAUGUAGUCUACUUAAUAACUGUGUUUACACAUUAACAACUAUAUAUACUGUUACACAUGGAUUUCAGUUUAAUCAAACACGGUUGCUAACUUCAAUUUUGACUCAAGAAGUUAAAUAAGUGUCUCAAUAGCUGUGACUACAAAUUCUUUUCUGUCUAAUGUGGACUAAUAAAAUAAUUUCUACUUCAGAGGAAUUGAGGUUUUUAGGUAGAAUGUCUUUUUUUAUCUAUUCACUACAUUACCCUGCUUGUGUAGGAAUUAAGGCAAGUUUUAAGGCCUCAUAUUAUUAUUAUGAACCUUGUAGAACCAGACUGACAGAAUGUUUCUUAUCCUCCAGUGGUUGUGUUGUGUAUCCCUGUUUGUUGAAUAUUCUGUGGGUUGCUUCUGUUA